CGUUCUGUACCAUUCCUCCGGGACAUCUAAGGCUGGCAGUCCUGGCCUCACACAGAGCAGAAUCUUAAUGCUACGCCCACAUCUGCCGAGAUGGUGAGCUUAACUCAAGCUUUGAAACCAGAUCAACUUGGACUCUGAAUGCGUGUGUGUCAGUUUCCAGACACCUUGGCUUCGGCAGGGGUUCCAUCUGGGUCCCUCGAAAGAAAAAAUUCCCAGCUAAAACUCUUUCUUCUUUCUGCACUCCAGCCGACAGUUCAACAGGUACUCCUAGAAUAAUAGGAGGAACAUGCAGGACUGUAUGUGAGUUUGUUUGGUUCCUGUCAUACCUUUGCAGACAUCUGAGGAGCCUGGAGACAUGCAUUCUGUUACACCCGUGAAGGUUGGGAGUCUGAGGAAUCUUUCAGCAUGACUGGGAAGCCUGUGCUUCACUACUUCAAUGGACGAGGCAGAAUGGAGUCUAUCCGGUGGCUCUUGGCAGCAGCUGGUGUAGAGUUUGAAGAAGAACUUUUUGAAACCCGUGAAGAAUUUGAGAAGUUAAUCCAAGGUGGAGCGCUGAUGUAUGAACAAGUGCCCAUGGUUGAAAUCGAUGGAAUGAAAAUGGUGCAAACCAGAGCCAUCUUAAGAUACAUAGCUGCAAAGUACGACUUGUAUGGAAGGAACCGAGAAGAGCAAGCCUGGAUUGAUAUGUAUGUAGAAGGCUUGAGGGACCUGAGUGACAUGAUAAUGUUCUUUCCACUCUCUCUGCCGGAAGAGAAGGCCAUGAACCUUGAGUACAUCCUCCAACGAGCCACGACAAGAUUCUUUCCUGUUUAUGAGAAGGCCCUAAAAGACCACGGGCAAGAUUUUCUUGUGGGCAAUCGGCUGAGCUGGGCUGAUGUACAACUGCUUGAAGUCAUCUUAAUGACUGAAGAAUGUGAAGCCAGUGUUCUCUCAGGCUUCCCUCUGCUACAGGACUUCAAGGUCAGAACCAGCCAAAUCCCUACAAUUAACAGAUUUCUCCAACCUGGAAGCCAGAGGAAGCCACAGCUGGAUGAGGAAUCCAUGGGGACAGCAAAGGACAUAUUCAAGUUUGACCGAGGCAUGUUUCUUAAAAACAUGAGCACCAUCGUAGCUGAGUAUUAACAACACAGAGGCCAAAGUUACUCAGUAGACACUUCCCAGUGCAUUUGGAUCAAUGACCAGAAAAGCGUCCUGAAGCUGUGUUAGUAAAGAAAUAAGGGAUUUGAGUAAAUAAACUAUGGGAAGCUCAUCGGCACGCUAGGAAAACUGACUCCUGUUUGAAAAAAGCCGUGCUGCCAAGGAUGAGUCCAGAAAACCCAAGCAGGAGGCCU